UGCCGAACAAACUCCAAGCUGGUGUCCCAAGUGAGCAGUCGCGCGCCCAAGAACUGGAGUCACCAUGGCCGCAGGAGUUGCAGCCUGGCUGCCCUUUGCCAGGGCUGCAGCCAUCGGAUGGAUGCCCGUAGCCAACUGCCCCAUGCCCUUAGCCCCGGCGGAUAAGAACAAGCGGCAGGAUGAGCUGAUCGUGCUCAACGUGAGUGGACGACGGUUCCAGACGUGGAGGACCACGCUGGAGCGCUAUCCGGACACGCUGCUGGGCAGCACGGAGAAGGAGUUCUUCUUCAACGAGGACACCAAAGAAUACUUCUUUGACCGGGACCCAGAAGUGUUCCGCUGCGUACUCAACUUCUACCGCACGGGGAAGCUGCAUUACCCGCGCUACGAGUGCAUCUCAGCCUACGACGACGAGCUGGCCUUCUAUGGGAUCCUCCCCGAGAUCAUCGGAGACUGCUGCUACGAGGAGUACAAAGACCGCAAGCGGGAGAACGCCGAGCGCCUCAUGGACGACAACGACUCUGAGAACAACCAGGAGUCCAUGCCCUCGCUCAGCUUCCGCCAGACCAUGUGGCGGGCCUUCGAGAACCCGCACACCAGCACCCUGGCGCUGGUCUUCUAUUACGUGACCGGCUUCUUCAUCGCCGUCUCGGUCAUCACCAACGUGGUGGAGACGGUGCCCUGUGGCACGGUCCCGGGGAGCAAGGAGCUGCCCUGCGGAGAGCGCUACUCCGUGGCGUUCUUCUGCCUGGACACGGCCUGCGUCAUGAUCUUCACCGUGGAGUACCUGCUCCGGCUCUUCGCGGCGCCCAGCCGCUACCGCUUCAUCCGCAGCGUCAUGAGCAUCAUCGACGUGGUGGCCAUCAUGCCCUAUUACAUCGGCCUGGUCAUGGCCAACAACGAGGAUGUGUCCGGGGCCUUCGUCACGCUCCGGGUCUUCCGCGUCUUCAGGAUCUUCAAGUUCUCGCGCCACUCCCAGGGCCUGCGCAUCCUGGGCUACACCUUGAAGAGCUGCGCCUCGGAACUUGGCUUCCUCCUCUUCUCCCUCACCAUGGCCAUCAUCAUCUUCGCCACUGUGAUGUUUUAUGCCGAGAAGGGUUCCUCUGCCAGCAAGUUCACGAGCAUCCCAGCUUCUUUUUGGUACACCAUUGUCACCAUGACCACCCUGGGCUAUGGUGACAUGGUGCCUAAGACAAUCGCAGGAAAGAUCUUCGGCUCCAUCUGCUCCCUCAGUGGCGUCCUGGUCAUCGCCCUGCCAGUCCCUGUGAUUGUUUCCAACUUUAGCAGGAUUUAUCACCAGAAUCAGAGAGCCGAUAAACGCAGGGCACAGAAGAAAGCCCGCCUUGCCAGGAUCCGAGUGGCCAAGACAGGAAGUUCCAAUGCCUACCUGCACAGCAAGCGCAAUGGGCUCCUCAAUGAGGCUCUGGAGCUGACGGGUACUCCAGAAGAGGAGCAUAUGGGCAAAAGCACCUCUCUUAUUGAGAGCCAGCACCAUCACCUGCUGCACUGCCUAGAAAAGACCACUGGAUUGUCCUAUCUUGUGGAUGAUCCCCUGUUAUCUGUACGAACCUCCACCAUCAAGAACCAUGAGUUCAUUGAUGAGCAGAUGUUUGAGCAGAACUGCAUGGAGAGCUCAAUGCAGAACUACCCAUCCACAAGAAGCCCUUCACUGUCCAGCCAUCCUGGCCUCACUACCACCUGCUGUUCGCGUCGCAGUAAGAAAACCACACAUCUACCCAAUUCUAACCUGCCAGCCACCCGCCUGCGCAGCAUGCAAGAGCUCAGCACCAUCCACAUCCAGGGCAGCGAGCAGCCGUCCCUCACUACCAGUCGCUCCAGCCUUAAUUUGAAAGCAGACGACGGACUGAGACCAAACUGCAAAACAUCCCAGAUCACCACAGCCAUCAUCAGCAUCCCCACUCCCCCAGCGCUAACCCCAGAAGGGGAAAGUCGGCCACCCCCUGCCAGCCCAGGCCCCAACACGAACAUUCCUUCCAUAGCCAGCAACGUUGUCAAGGUCUCUGCCUUGUAAA